CCUCAUGCAAGGAGCAGGUACAUGUAUCCCAGUACUGCAGAAUAUACCAAUGCGGUAAAGAUGUCAUCUAUCCAAUUUUGCAAAGCUGGGACAGCCUUCCCUGAUCAGAUGACGUUUGCCGGUUUGUUGCAAGCCAUUUCUGACCUUACAAUUUUUUCCUAACCUAAAACUUAUGUUCGCUGGGACACUUAAUAAAAGGUUUGCACUGAUGCCUCAAUUUGUUAAAUGCAUCACUGUAAAAUGGAAGUUGAUAACCAGCUAGUCCAGAGUCAGCAGUUGGGCAGUAACUGUCGCUACCAAUAUAAGACCAGCGAUUAUAUUGGUAAGGGAACCUUCGGUAUCGUCUAUGCCGCCAGUAUUGUGGAUCGAGGUAAUUUUACCGGCGAGGGAACUGUAGCGGUCAAGGUGGUCCACUUGGAUAAAGAGCGUGAAGGGCUUUUGACCAGUUUGAGCGACAGCUGGACAUCACUGCGCCACCGCUGGAAGAAGUUGAUCGAAUUUAAACAUGAACAUCUCAUUGCGUACCAUAAAAUAUCCAUUAGCCAGGCGGCUGGUGGAGUAUUCGUGGAGUUCUUAAUGGAUUAUUGCAGUGGUGGCGACUUAAAUCUGCUUUUAAAUGAUCUCCAAAAGAAACCAACAAGUAUGCUAGAUCGGGAACGAUUUCUGGAUAAGGCGACCAUCGUCUGCUACGCAUUACAAAUAGCAGAUGGUCUAGAAUUUCUCCACCAGAACAGGUUUAUUCACGGUGAUCUGAAGUCGAGAAACGUUUUAAUCAAACAUCAGAGCAACUGCCUUCGUCAUAAGACUUUAUUGUUGGCGGAUUUGGAUGAUCUGGUGCAGAUCCAGCAGAGUAUCACCGUGUCCAGUGAUAUCAGCAACCUACGUGGCAGCAUCCGCUAUAUGUCGCCCGAAAUGCUAAGAAAAUUUGCCGGGGAACUGAGUGAGGCUCCGGGACGAAGGACCGAUGUCUGGAGCUUAGGAUGUGUAAUUCAUGACCUUGUAGAUUGUUGUUUUAACGUGGAGGAAAAAUUGCUAUUUAACCCGAUAACUGCUGAAUGUUUUACUUUAAAGAAAAACACUCCAGAUAGUCAGUUUGUGAUGAAGAUUAUCGAAGGAUUUGUUCCAUACAUCGACGAAUGCAUUCCGAAGCUGUUUGCUGACCUCAUUCGUCGGUGCCAUGUUCUGGAUUCUCGCUUCCGUUUAACGGCUACCGAGUGUAAAAACUCUUUACUGGAAAUAUCCGAAAAUCUAACGCUCAGGCAGGAUUGUUCAGAAGGUCACCUUCCGGCUUGUUCUUGUGGAAGAGCGUCUAUGUUUGUAAAAGCUGCGGAUAUUGAGAAAGACUAUGUCCUUUGCGUUCACCGGUUCUACGCAUCCGAUGUACGGGAGCGUGAUUACGAGUCCGUCGCUCAUUUAGAAAUGCAGCUGUUUAAGCCACGAUUGAAUGCCUUAUCUGAGCUACCCAUGGCGACCCAUUCGCAUGGUUUUGAAUAUGUUCCAUCGACGAUAUUAUGUGUUGAUGGUCAAGUGAUUUUUCAAGCCAGAAAGAUUUCCGAAUCCCGAGGAAAUAGCCCGAUGGCGUUUAUGGGAUAUAGUUUGCGGGAACGCGUGUGGCGGCAGCUGUUGACUGAUUUUAAAGUGCACAGAUGGACAACGCCGCCAAUUGUGGUAGGGAAGAAUAUUUAUUAUUGGACCUGCAGCAAAAAUAAACCGUGCCGGCAUUUGCGGGUAGCGACCGUCGCCGACGAUAGAAUCCAGCUGACAAGUUCUUUUGAUAAUUUUGUAAACAAAAACACAGAAGUCUGGUUAGCCGCUGCCGGUCACGGCAAUAUCCUGCUCUUCCUGGAAAUGCAGCAGUGGCCGGCUACGGAAACCGUAGGCGGUGUACGUAUAAACGCGGAUACCGGCAAAUGGGAAUACAUUGCCAGUAUGCCCGAUCUGCGCCCUCGAUGCCAUUUUGCCAGCGUCGUGCUGGAUGACCAUCUGUAG